AUGGCGGCGGACGUCGCCCGGGGCUCCGCGCGGAGGCUCUCGGCCCAAGGCGACGCGGCCAGCGAGUGCGCGGAGCUCUCUUUCGGCGUUGCCGCGCCCGGGCCUGGCGGCGAGUCCCGAAGGGUCUCGUUUGCGUCGCAGGCGCCACCUCCUCCGCAGGCGUGGACUGGCAGGUCCGAAGCCGUGGCGAGGAGGACCUGGUCGUCCCUGACGGAGCAGGAGAUCCUCUUCACCCCGCGGGAGCGGCGGCCGUCCGAGCCGGCGGGCGAAGCUCCACCAGGCGCUCUGGAGGCCCCGGCGCCGGUGCAGAGAAGGAAGUGGGCGUCGAUCACGGAGGAGGCCAUCGGUCAGGGCGGCUGCUCCCGGCGCGGCUCCGCGGGGCUCUGGGGCUCGCCGCCCAGCCUGGGAGCGUCGCAGCCGCAGCCCGAGGUACUGCCCGCUUACGGGCAGCCCCCCCGUGUGGAGCCGGCGUAUCCGUCACAGGCCUACUCCCCACAGCAGCAGCAGCACCAGGACCAUGCGGAGCACAUCGCGAGGCGACGCUGGGCGUCCAUGUCCGAAGACGACUCUGCGUCAUCGCAGAUGCACUGGGCCCUGCGGCAGCCGCAUAUUCAGGCACUGCGAGGCGGCGCCCCCCCCCCGCCGAGCGGCUACGCGAUGGCCAGCCACUGGCAGGCGCCCUGCGGCCAGCCGGGGGCCCAGGCGCCGUGCCCCAGAGGCCCCUGCCCGCCGUCUGCAGGGGCCAUACCGCCCUACAGUUUGCAACCGCCGCCGUUCUACGCCGCGCCUACGCCCGGCUGCUGCGGCGGCGUCCAGCAUCCUGGCGGGUACCCACCGCCGCCUCUGCCGGCGGGGCACUGGGGCGCGCCCAGCGCCUCCUCCAGUCGCUCGGCCCCGGCCUACGGGCCGUGGCAGAUGGGACCCGGCGGGCCGCACGGCCAGCACGGCGCGCAGCGGCAGCAGCCGCACGCGCCGGCGGCCAGCAGCGCGUGGCAGGGCUGGGAAGGCGCGAGCCCCGGAGGCGGUCGGCACCCCGGCGGCGCGGCCUGGGCGCACGCCUCCGCGCACGGCAGGCCCGCCAAGGCCUCCCUGCUGUGGAUCGGGGAGGGGGCCUCCCACCUGUGGGCCACGUGGGGCCGGAAGAUCUCAGGCCGCCCCGCGCCCCGCCUGCCCACUGGCGGCGCUGGGGCGGAAAGGAUCGGACUUCCGAUCGGGCUGCGGCGCAGGCAAAUCCACAGGUUCUUCGACGAGCAGCGGGGCUACUCAUACACUUUCAAGGUCUUCGAUUGGCGCGAGGCCCGCGUCGUCGGCGCCAAGUUCGUGAGGCUCGAUCGCCCCGUCGCCGUCGACGCCCUAACCUGGGACGACCUCAGCGACCUCGAGCUGGAGGCGCUCCUCAUCGGAGUGCCCGCUGUCUGCCCUCAUUGCGACGCUGGCUCGCUCGCAUCCGUGGACUAUGUCUCGGCGACGCUGCGGUCGGCCCUCGGCAAGGGGAUGCCGGCGGGCGUGGCCUGCGUGAAGGUGUCGCCGGCGCUCCUGGCGCGACUCGCCGAUAGCUGCGCGGAGGACACGGUGAUCGAGUUCUUCGACUCAGCUGGCGGGUCUGCUCGGCCAGACCUUCUCGAGCUGGCCGAUCUCGCCCCGCGGCCCGACGACUGGAACGCUGGGGUCCUGCUCCGACCCUUCGCGUUCCCCGACCCGGGCAUGGAAAACGACGGGGUCGACGCAGCCUGCGAGGCUGCCGCGCAGGCGUGGGCGCUUCGGCCGCGCGGCGCCUGCGUGGCGGGCCGUCUGGACGCGGAGGGUGGGAGCGCAGGGCGCGCGGCGAGGCAAGGGCCUGCGGCGAGCGGCGCCAGGAGGGCCGCAACCCCGCGGCGCAUCAACGUGUCGCAUUACGAUCUGCAGAGCGCCCUCGGGAGCUUCGAGCAGGACCUGCUGAAAGCGUCGGCGGCGAAUUGCUGGGCCCUCCGCGAGUGCGCCGGCGCCUGCCCCCUUGUCCCGAGCAGAUCCCCAUUCCAGAGCUCGCCCGCGGCGCAGCUCAGGGCAGCCGCGGGGCCCGGAGAGGAGGGCCGACCCGACCUCGGGGCCCUCGUCGAGGCAGGCGGCCGCCACGCAGACGAGGCCAUCCAGCUUGCCACGCCGCAGGCACUGGAGAAGGCCACGAUUGCGGUCACCGCGGCCUGCUCCUUCGUGGCCGGCUUCAGCCACUCGCUGUGUGGGCUGGGGGGCUCGGUGCUCUUCACGAUCGGCUGGUCGUUGUCGAGCGAGUUCGGCCUGGUGCCUCGAGGCAUAGCGGCAGGCAUUCCCUUCAUUAUGAUCCACAUUGCUGUGGUUUGUCCGGCUAUCGCCUGGCACCUGAGAGAGCUGGUCCCGUGGCGCUUCUGCGUCCUCGUCGCGACGGUGUGGAAUCUAGUCUACUUCGUUGGCAGCUACUUGCUCAGGGUCGUCGACGGGUCGGCAUUCAAGCGGGGCAUCGGCUGCGUGCUCUUUCUCAUUUUCACUACCCAGGCGGCAGCGUCGAUUUUGAGAGUCCAGGCCCUCAAGGACGCUGUCCAGAACUGUUGCCGCAGGAAGAAGAUCUCCCUGCAGUCACAGUCCAGAGAAGAGGACCGACGUCGAGCCGGCGGAGAUAGAGCUGCUGCACCUGAAGUGCGGAGAGGCUCCUCUGCAGCCCUGGGAGCUCUCGCUCGAGAGCGGCAACAGUGA